UAUAUAUAAUUAGCUUUAAAGUCCAUAGAUGUACAGCCAAUGAAUAUAGAUAUAAUAGAGCCCAUCAAUCGGAUCCAUCUAUCUUCCAAUGGCAAGAUUACGGCGAUAUACUAUUUAAAUGGACGACUUUUUGUAGGAUUUAGUAAUGGAGAUCUUUCAAUAUAUUCUACUACUAUAACUGAAGAUAAUGAUGAUAAAUUAAAAUUUGAAACUUCAUUUCAUAAUGUUACAAGAGAUUCAUCCAGUAUAGAUAAAAUAAGUCAUCUUCCAGUAUCCAAUGAAAAUACUAAUAAAUUAAUAUUAAUUAUCCUGACUAUAGAAUUAUAUCGAAUUUAUGAAAUUAUUGGUAGUCAUGUAAAUUUAAUUCAAGAAUUAGAAGUUGGAGUCGAUUUUAUAUAUGGAAAUUAUCAAGAAAAUCGAUUAUUUAUAACAGGAUCUAAAAAGAAAGUUAUUAUCUAUAAAAUAAUUAAUAAAACUAGAAAUAUAUUACAAUUUCAAAAAUUUAAAGAAAUAUCGGUUAAGGAUAAAAUUAAAUCAAUUACUCAAUAUAAUAAUACAAGUAUUUUAAUUGGUUUAACUAAUGAUUUUUUAUUACUAGAGUAUAGUAAAGAAGAAAAUAAUAAAAAUAAAAAUAAAAAUGAUAAUGAUAAUGAUAAUGAUAAUCAAAUUAAUUUCCAUAUAAAACCUUUAAUUAUUGAUGGAUUUGGAGGUAAUUCAUCAUUUAGUUAUUUCGGAUUAUCAGGAUCUACUAGAAGUUGGAAUAUUCCAAUAGAUAAUAAUGAAAUAUUACUUGUAAAAGAUAGUCAAUCAAUAUUACUUAAUAAUGAUAAAAUUAUACCGUCAACUAUUAAAUGGAAUUCAAAUGUUCCAACUCAUAUAACUUUCAUAUCUCCAAUUUAUUUAUUAAUUAUAUAUAAUAAAAAAUUAGAAAUUAUAGAUUAUACAACAGGAGAUUUAAUUCAAAAAUUUCAUCAUCAAAUAAAUUCAGUAGUUCAAUUAACAUUAGAAAAUAAUAUAAUUUUCUUAUCUUCAAGUACUGAAAUCUUACAAUUUAAAAUUAUUGAUUAUCAAAAGCAAAUAGAUCAAUAUUUAACUAUUACUGGUAAAGGAUCUAAUAGUGGUAAUCUUAAAGAUCCUCAAAAUGAUUUAAAAAUUGUAGGAUUAAAUAAAGCAAUUAAAUUAGUAACUAAAUUAAGAGAUACAAGUAAAUUUUUUAGAAGUGAUAAUCCUGAAAAGCAAAGAUUAUUAAUACUAAGAAAACUUUAUAAGAGGAAAGCAGUUGUAUUAUUUGAAUCAUAUUUUAAAUAUCAUGAAGCCUUGGAAGAAAUUUGUUCUGAAUGGAUGAUUUCAUUUCGAGAUGUAUUAGCAUUAUUUCCUGAUUUCCUUAAUGGAGAGAAAUUCUUAAGUAAAAGAAAUGAAGAUGAAGCCAGUAGUAUGCGAUCAUUUUCUACUAAUGUUGUUAAACGAGUAUCAAUACAAGAUAUUCUGAUUUUAGUUAAUGAACAACUGGGUACAGAAAGUCCUGCUCCAUCAAUUCGAACUAAUACUACAAGUAAUCAUGGAAAUAUUAAUGGACCAUCACAAUCAAAAGCACAAAUUACUGCUUCAAAUAUUCGAAAAUUUUCAAAAGCAGUUAAAUAUUUAAUUGUUUAUCUAACAGAUCAAAGAAGAAUUAAUAUGAGUUUUUUAAAUGAUAUGACUAUUAAAUGGAAAGGUAUUGAAUUAACUCCUUAUGAUUUAUAUAUUGGUAAGGGAAAUAUGAAGUUAUAUUUAAAUCAAGUUGGAAAGAUCAUUGAUACUUCAUUAUUUUUAUGUUAUUUUUAUACUAAACCAAUGUUAUUAGGUCCAUUAUUAAGAUUACCUAAUAAUUUUUGUGAUGCUAAAGUUGUUAAUGAUUGUUUAUUAUCUACUAAUCAAAUUCGUGAAUUACUUGAUUUUUAUUAUAGUCGACAUUUACAUGAUUCUGCGUUAGAAAUGUUAUAUAAAUUAAGUCAUGAAGGAGAUCAUAGUCCUGAUUUAACUAUUGAAUAUUUAACUAAAUUAAAUAAUGAUGAUUUAGAAUUAAUAUUUCAAUUUGCAUAUUGGGUUAUUACUGAAGAAUUAGAUUUUGAUAAUCAAAUUUUAAAAUCUCAAUUAAUAUUUAUGAAUGAUUCUUAUGAAUGUGAAAGUUAUGAUAAUUCUAAAGUUUUGAAUUUUUUUCUUGAAGUUUUAAAGCUGGAAUUACUUGGUAUAAAUUAUCUUGAAUGGUUAAUUUUUAAGAGUGAAAAGGCCAAGAUUCUUGAUAAAUUUUAUACUAAAUUGAUAUUAUUAUAUAUUGAUCAAUUAAAGGCUAUACCUGUUAAAAAUGGUGAAGAUGAAACAAUUGUUAAUCAUGAAGUAUAUGGAAAAUUAUAUAAAUUUUUACAAACAACCGAUAAUUAUGAUCCAUGGGUAGUAUUAAAACAAAUUCCAUUUGAAAGAGUUGAAUUCUUAAGAUUUGUUGUAUUUAUUUAUAAGAAAUUAGGAGAACAUGAGAAAUCUAUUGAUGUAUUAUUUAAUCAAUUAAAUGAUUUAGAUAAAGCAAUGGAAUAUUGUUGUGAAAUUUAUGCUAUUAAUAAAAUAACAGGUCAAGGAUUAUUACAAAAAUUAUUAGAAGAUUUACUUAUAAAUUAUGAUGAAAAUAUUGAUUUAAUUGAGAAAUUAUUAAAUAGUCAAGGUUCAAAAAUGUCAAUAUUAAUGGUUAUGACAAGUUUACCAUCACGAUUCCCAUUACAUAAACUUCUGUCAUUCUUAAAUAAUCAAGUGAUUAAUUCUCAAAAGAAUACUUAUGAUACAAGAGUUGUAUCACAACUCUAUAAAGUGGGGUCACUUAAAUUAUAUGAUAAAAUAUUAAACAUUGAAAGUAAAGGUUACGUUAUAAAUUCUGGUAAACAAUUGUGUACAAUAUGUAAUAAGAGACUUGGAUACAGUGUAUUUACGGUAGAUAAAAAUGAUCAUAUAGUUCAUUAUGGAUGUGCUACUAAUAAGAAGUGGUAACCGUUACAUACAUAAUAUUCAUAUAUAAUAUACAUAAUAAUUAACAACGUACAU